CCAAACUACUCUUGUAUGAGAGACAGGAGGUCUAUAGCAGUACUUACAGGACCAUCAGGAAUAACAUCUGACCAGAUUGGGACAUUGCUGGGACUCUACAGAUUUCCACAGUUUACCUUUGGGCCUUUUGAUCAUGCCCUGAGUGACCAUAACAAGUUUCCUGCUCUCUAUCAGAUGGUCCCACAGGACACAUCAAUAACCACGGCCAUGGUCUCCUUACUGCUUCACUUCAGCUGGAGCUGGGUGGGACUGUUGACCUCACAGGAUGAGAAUGGUUCAUGGUUUCUGGCUGAAUUGAAAGAAGAGAUGGCCAAAAACAGACUUUGUUUAGCCUAUGAGGUUGUGAUCUCAAGCCAAUCCAUGUCACAUAUAUUCAAAGUCAUGGCAGUUUACAAUGAGAUAAAUAAGGCUUCAGCAAGUGUCCUCAUCAUAUAUGGUGAUAAAGAUUCACUAAUAUUUAUAAUAAUGAGUCUUGAACGAAUUUUAAUACAAGGAAAAGUUUGUGUCAUGAAUUCAGAGUGGGAUUUCACCAUGAAAACGAGAUAUUUCAUGCUAGGCUCAUUGCAUGUGCCUCUUAUUUUUAUACACCAUCAUGAGGAUGUUUCUGGUUUCAUAGAUUUUGUCAAGGCAGUUAAUCCUUCCAAAUACCCAGAAGACUUUUUUCUUGCUUGGUUGUGGUUUCUGACUUUUAAUUGCUCACAUGCUGAGUCUGACUGUGUAACAUGGGACAACUGUGCUCAUGAAGCCUCUUUGAAAUGGUUGCCUGGGCAUAUUUUUGACAUGACUAUGUCUGGACACAGUUACAAUAUAUACAAUGCUGUGUAUGCUGUGGCCCAGGCUCUCCAUGAGAUGCUUCUUCAUCAAACAGAAGUUCAUAUGAUGGGAAAUAGCAAAGGAGCACUGCCUUCCCCUGCACAGCUGCACCUUUUCCUGAACAACAACCAGUUUUACAAUCCUGCUGAAAAUCACAUUAUUUGGGAUGAGAAAAGGAAAUUGGAGCCAGAGUAUGACAUUCUGAAUAUUUGGAACUUUCCAGAAGGUCUUGAACUUGCAGUGAAAAUAGGAAAGUUUUCUCCAUAUGCUCUACAUGGCAAUCAACUGUCUUUAUCUGAAGAUAUGGUAGAGUGGGCCAUAGGAACUACAGAGACUCCUUACUCUAUCUGCAGUGAGAGUUGUGGUCCUGGAUUCAGGAAAUCUCCUCAGGAGGAAAAGGCUACCUGUUGCUUUGAUUGUACCCCUUGCCCAGAGAAUGAGAUUGCUAAUGGCACAGAUAUGGAGCAUUGUGUGAAGUGUCCAGAUCAUCAGUAUGCCAACACACAGAGAAACCAGUGCCUCCUGAAAACUGCAAGUUUCCUGGCUUUUGAAGAUCCCUUGGGCAUAGCUCUGGCAUGCAUGGCUCUUUGCUUCUCUAUACUAACUGUUGUUGUUCUUGGAGUGUUUGUGAAACACAAAGACAGUGCCAUUGUCAAGGCCAAUAACCGGACUCUCAGCUACAUCUUGCUCAUCUCCCUCAUUUUCUGUUUCCUCUGUUCCUUGCUCUUUCUUGGCCAUCCCAACCCAGUCACCUGUAUCCUACAGCAGAUGACAUUUGGAAUUUUGUUUACUGUGGCUGUUUCCACAGUGUUGGCCAAAACUGUGACUGUGGUUUUGGCCUUUAAAGCCACUUCCCCAGGGAGAAUGAUGAGGUGGCUGCUGGUAUCUGGGGCUCCUAACUUCAUCAUUCCCAUCUGCACCCUCAUCCAGGUGAUGCUUUGUGCACUCUGGAUGGGAACCUCUCCUCCCUUUAUUGACACAGAUGCACACACUGAACAUGGUCACAUCAUCAUUCUGUGCAACAAGGGCUCCCUCACUGCCUUUUACUGUGUCCUGGGAUACCUGAGCUCCCUGGCCCUGGCCAGUUUCACUGUAGCUUUUCUGGCCAGAAACCUGCCUGACACCUUCAAUGAAGCCAAGUUCCUCACCUUCAGCAUGCUGGUGUUCUGCAGUGUGUGGCUCACCUUCCUGCCUGUCUACCACAGUGCCAAGGGGAAGGUCAUGGUGGCUGUGGAGGUCUUCUCCAUCUUGGCGUCUGGGGCAGGGCUCCUUGGCUGCAUUUUUGCCCCAAAGUGCUACAUCAUCUUCUUAAUGCCAAAUAAAAAUUCUCUACAUGGUUUCAGAGAUAAAAGGCAUUGUAGGAGAAAUAUGCAUGCUUAUGAUUAA